AUGCCUGUCUAUCACGUUGGUAAGUUUAGGCCUCCCACUUAUUCAUAUUCAACCCAAUCGCCAAAGCUUGACCAUCCCCAGCCUGGAAACCCGUUGCCUAGCAGUGACAUGGUCGGAAAGCUGACCGAAGUCCCAGUACUCUUCCGCCUGAAGGCCGGAGUCUCCCAGGUUCAAUUGGCAACCUGGUCCGAAAAGGCCAGGGGAAUGGUUGGACAAAUUCCUGUAUUGAUGCACGAGUCAGGCCUCGUGUCGUUGCAAGCGAACCAACCGUUGCCCAUUUCGAUACCCCGCGCAAAGGGAUUUGAUAUGGGUCUCGUGGCCGUUUUGGAGAAGGCCGAGGAUGUGGUGACAUACGCUACGCACCCAGCUCACUUGGAAGUCCACAAGAUGAGAGAGGAGCUGUGUGAGGAUACACUAGCCUAUGAUUUGGAGUUCUAA